AUGGCGUCCCAGAAAAGGGGCCACGGUGGCCAUGGUGGCCACCACCAUCAUCACCACCAUCACGGCAAUGUAUACCUCACCUCGACGAAUAAACAUGAUGCGGGAGUUCGGAUCACGCGAAUCGGCCUGGUCGCUAACCUAACCAUGGCAAUUGGGAAAUUUAUCGGAGGCUACGUUUUUAAUUCGCAAGCUCUGAUUGCCGACGCUUAUCACGCCCUCACUGAUCUCGUGUCGGAUAUUCUGACCCUGGGUACGGUGGCUUGGUCGCUCAAGCCCCCGACCGAACGGUUCCCCAACGGCUAUGGGAAGGUCGAGAGCAUUGGCGCUCUAGGCGUGAGUGCAUUGUUGCUUUGUGGAGGCGUGUUCAUGGGUCUGAAUUCGGGUCAGGUCUUGCUGGCCCAGUUCUACCCUGAAGCUGCGGAGGCAAUUUCUCAUUUGGGGGCCUUGGGGCAUAGUCAUUCGCACAGUCACGGAGUAGAAGUCCUUGGACCUAGCAUCCAUGCUGCAUGGCUCGCAGCUGGGUCUAUUAUUAUAAAAGAGUGGCUUUACCGUGCAACCAUGAAAGUAGCGAAUGAACGAAAAUCAUCGGUCCUGGCAUCCAACGCCGUCCACCAUCGCAUCGAUUCGCUUACGAGUAUUGUCGCUUUGUUUACGAUCGGAGGGACCUAUUUAUUCCAGGAUGCUUCGUGGCUGGAUCCUGUGGGUGGACUGCUCAUCUCACUGAUGGUUAUUAAGGCAGGGUGGGGGAACACUGCAACGUCGCUCUUGGAGUUGGCUGAUACAACCGUUGAAGAUGACAUCAAGGAGUCCGUACAAAAGGCUGCAUCGAAGAUGAUUGCGAAACUGAAGGAUGGCGACGCGGUCAAGGUGCGCCAUGUGCAGGGCAUGAAAUCAGGACAGAACUACCUUAUGGAUAUUGAGCUAGCGGUGCCUGGAGUAUGGCCGAUCCACCGUUCACGAGAGAUUGAGGAGUCUGUCCGAGCCGCGAUUGGUGCGGCCGUUCGCGGCGUCAAACGAGUCAAAGUACGAUUCGUGCCCUUGGAGCAUGAAGAGCUGACGUUCUCUGAGGAAUUUAUCUCGACCGAUGUCACGUUGCAAGGUAGCCCGGAGCCAAAAGAAGAUGAAAUCGAGGCGGAAUGCGAGGCGCAUGCGCACCACGAACACCAUGAGCAUGAAGAUUCUACGCGCAGGAGGCGUUAA